UCCAGUUAGACCCCUAACCUGGGAACCUCCAUAUGCCGAGGGUGUGGCCCUCAAAAGACAAAACAAAAAACAAAAAACAUGAUUUUGAAGCCGGAAACAAAGACCACAUAGUAUGGUUCCACUUAAACGAAAUAUCCAGGGGAGGCAAAUCUGGAGAGACAGGGCAGGUUAAUGGUUGCCUGGAAGGAGGAGGAGUGAGUUUCUUUUUGGAGUGAUUAAGCUGUUCUAAAAUUAGAUAGUGGUGAUGGUUGCACAACUGUGAAUGUACUGAAAACCACUGUACACUUUUAAAAAGGGGAAUUAUAUCAAUAAUGCUGUUUUGAAAACCAGCUUCUAUCUAUUUGUAAGGCAUAUCUUCAAAAUUAACCUUGAAAGAGAUCAGUGGGGGAUGGAGUGCUGUUCCUCAAACCAAUUAACAUUUCACAGAUUGUAUUUUGUCUUUUCUUCAUUUGAGUCCUGGCUUUAAACCAUGCAUGGUCAGGGUCAGAUCCCUCUGGCUGGUUGCCCAGAUGACCGAGAUUCUAAGUAGCUUCCUUGUUCUGUAGACUUAUAUCAAAAAAGAGCCUAUUUUUCCGAGUCUCCAAAGCUGAAGAAUAGAGACAUCGGGGUCAACAAAUGGAUGUAGAAAGCCACUUUCCCUAUAAACCAGUGGGGUGUCAGAAGGGCUUGUUCUAUGGGACUCUUGUUCCUGGGAGAUUUUUUUGCUAAUAGAUGGACAGGCAGCUCAAAGGCCGUGGGGAAGUCAUGUUGCGUUUAGAAAGGCCUCUGUGUCAGGGAUCUGCAGGCAGGCAGUUCCUGACUAAGAAUUCUGUCUCUGUAAGCCUCUGAUUAUUUAUGAAUGAAUCUGAGAGGUAAUAGCAUUUUCACACCAUGGUUUACUCUGUAAACACUGAGGAUAUGCACCAGAGGUGAGAUUCUGGAAUGGCAAACUUGGGAUGGCUUCAGAGGUCACUGCUUGAUGAGUGAAAGAAUGAAGACUGUCUGGCCAGAGAAUAGGACUGAGGACGUGGUGGGGAGUGGGUGUUAGCAUGGAAGAUAGUUGUCAGAAGGCACUGGCCAGCAGCCCUCCUCUGCCCUGAAGGCCGAUAUCACUAGUGUGCUGCUUGGGUCCAUUUAAAUCAGACAAUGGACAUCUGGCCCAUCUGUGGAAAUGCUGGCAAAGGUGAUGGGGGACCUUACCCCACUCUGCUUUCAGCUUCAUUUAGAGCAAUCUUUCCUUUGUGUUCUGGAUUCUUGAAUGACCUUUACAGUGGCUCGUACUCUCACAAAGCCCCUCAGAAAUUGUCACUUGUAUAUAGCAUAAGAUCAAGAAGUGCCUUUACAUUUUUGUCAUCAUAGCUUAUAUUGAUAUAUUACCAAAAAAUGUCCUUAUGGGGGUCCAUUUUGAUCAGAUGGAUGAAACUUUCAGAUCUGAUUAUAGAACCCUGGAAGUCUAUUUAUGUUUUUUUUUCCUAGCUGUUUUUGUGCUCAUCAGAUUGUUCUUCACACUGGUCUGUAUAGGUAUAAAUUAAGAAGAUAAAAAUAAAAUAUGACUUAGAAGUACAUCAGGAUAAAAACUACUGUAGCAUCUAAUAGUGUCUGCUCAUAUCACUGCCACGUAUAUCCCCUUGAUGAAUACUCAGAGCCCUCAAGAAAUUCUAUUAAAGUGGGAAAAUAUUUAUUCUAAUUAAUCAAUUUUGAGGUACACAUUUCCCCCAUUUUAACCACCCUGAAAUGUUUAUAGGUCCUACAGUUAAUGGCAUCUUGCACUGAUUUUUUUUCUUUUUAUAACUUGGUGCAUCUUACAAUAAACUGUAUCAAGUUCUAGAUUUGAUGGGAUGCAGUAAAUGAUAUUAGUUAUUGAAUUAAGAAAGUUCAUCCUCCUCAUUCUUUCCUCUCUGCCCCAAGAUGUACCUGUUGAAUCCAGGUCAUCCUUACACAGCAACUAGGAGCUUCCAUAUUAUCUUCCUCCAGGGAGAACCAAUGAAACAUCUUUUUGUUUCUGCAGGUUUUUAUUGAGAGAGAAGCAGAUCUUCUAGCCUUGGAUCCCUGACUACAAAAGAUAGGAUGCACUGUCUCAAUGACCUGUAAGGGUCAUCUCAGCAUUUCCAUCCCGUCUGUCCCCAAGGUUUCACGUUAGGGAGGAACUUGGGCCCUUGUUUGGCUCUCAGGGUGCUGUGCCCCGUACAGCUGAAGGUGCUUCUUGUCCGAGAUGGACAGUAUUACCUAGCGUUAUGCUAGCCUGAGGAACAUGAAUGACAUGAAGAGUAACCAAGAGCUGUACCAGCAGUACACUGCCAAGGCCCCCAAGCUGCUGGCCCGCAUCUCCAGGCUGCUCCUUGUUUGCCGGAAUGCAGGCAUUUCUGUACCCAAGGGCAUCAGAAACAUCUUUGAGUUCUCUUGGGAAGAGCUGAUCGCUGACCCCCUGAUCCCUACCCCAUCUGACAUCCUGGGCCUGGAGAUCAGCAUUGGAGCCCCGCCCGAGGUGCUCAUGGAACCUGCCCCUGUGCCGGCCCCCGUCCAAAAGAAGCCACCCCGGCCAGCACCCCUGCUGCCGAUGAUGUCCGCCUCUACUGGGCCAGCCAAGUUCCCUAUGCACCCUCCCCAACAUGGCUACCAGGAGCUCUCCAGCCAGGAGACCCUGCAGAGGUUCCAGCGGCAGUCUAUUCACCUGCUGACUGAGCUCCUCGCCCUGAAGAUGAAGGCCAUGUUGGAGUCCAUAUCUGGUGUCAACCCCCUGGACAUUACAAGGCGCUUUGUAGAGGCCAGCCAGCUCCUGCACCUCAGCGCCAAGGAGAUGGCUUUUGACUGCCUGAUUGGCACCGUCAGGAAAAGUGGCUGUGGUGGUGGACAGAUGGGGAAAGAGUCCUCCACGAACAUCUCAGCUGUGGGAGUGAACUCACCCUACCAGCUUGUCUACGAGUCUUCUACUGGUUGUCUGAGCUUUUCCCUCUCAAGCAGGAGGGAAAUCAAGAAAAAAACAGGCAAGAAUUUAGAAGAGGUGGUCAUGACAUCCUCACCGAGAGGAGGGGAGACCUCCGCCUCUGAUGUUGUAGAGUUCAGCGACCCCUGCCCCGAAGCCCGGGAGAAACUGCAGGAGAUGUGUCGCCUCAUAGAUGCUGAAAGGGUCUCAUGGAAAGGGAGGAAUAUCUUCUACCCCAUGAUCUUACGCAACUACAAGGCAAAGAUGCCCUCUCAUCUAAUGGCAACCAUAAAAGGGGAUGCUCAGACCCUGAACUCCCACCCCUCUCACCCCCCAGUGGCUCAGACUUCCACUCCUACCCCUCACCAGCCUCCUGCCCACCACCUUCACUUGGGCCGGCAUUCUCAGGAGUGGAAGGGACCCAAGAAGUCCAUCAAGUUGCAUUACACCUUCUAUGAUGGGUCCUCCUUCGUUUACUAUCCCUCUGGGAACAUUGCCAUGUGUCAAAUCCCCACGUGCUGCAAAGGGAGAGCCAUCACCUGCCUCUUUAAUGACACACCCAGCUUCUCCUUCCUGGCCAUGUUCAGUGCUGAAGGCCAGGGCUGCGUUCAGCAUAACCUAAAGGCCAGCUGCCCAUACGUCUUGAUCUUGGAUGAGGAAGGCGGAACUACCAAUGACUACAAAGGCUAUGUAGUCCACAAGUGGAGCUGGACCUCCAAGACAGAGACUUUGCUCUCUCUGGAAUACAAGGUGAAUGAGCAAAUGAAGCUGACGGUGCUAGGGCAGGAUUCCAUCAUGGUCACCUUCACCUCCUUGAAUGAGACAGUAACACUCCCCAUAUCGGCCAACAACUGUCCCCAUGGGACAUCUCACGAUAAACGGAUGACCCACAGAAUCAGCAGCAUGGACGAAAAGUUGUCUAAGAUGAGCCGGGCCCUGGCAGAGAUCAAGAGGCGGUUUCAGAAGACAGUGUCCCAGUUCAUGAACUCUGUCCUACUGGCGGCAGGCCUGUUCACUAUAGAAUAUCCAGUAAAGGCAGAGGCAGAAAUCAAUGGAACCAGGGUAAGAUCUGGGCCCUAUCUUGAGCGGGGCACCAAGCUAAGUUUACACCCCGGAGAAAUCGUCUUAUUACGAUCUCAGUCUGCCCGACCUGAAUCCUCGAUUGGAGAGUCUUCAAAAGAAGAGCCAGGGUCAGCUCCUGUGAGCCCCACUCGGAAGAAGACUGUCAAGGUCAAAGCCAAGGCCACGGUCACACCCAGAGGGAAGGCUGGAGAGGUACGCAGCCCCACCAGGUGGGCAGCCUCACCCUCCGACUGCCCGCUGGUGCUGAGGAAGCUCAUUCGCAAGGAGGAUGUCAGAGCCGGCUGCAAGUGCAUGGUGAGGGCGCCCCUGGUAUCCGACGUGGAGCUGGAGCGCUUCCUGUCAGCGCCCCGUGACCCCAGCCAGGUGCUGGUGUUUGGAAUAGUGUCAAGCAAGAACCCCACCAAGUCAGGGCAGCUCCAGUUGCUGCUGGACAUGCUCUACAAUCACCGGCAGCAGGGCCGCGCCUCACCCUGCAUCCAGUGCCAGCAUGACCCCUACCGGCUGCUGCAGUACGACCUGGACAGCCCCCUGCAGAGGGCCCCACCCCUGCUGGUGAAGAAGUACGCUGUGUUGCAGGCAUGCAUUUUGAUGUUCGCUGGAGGAAAGCUCCUUUUUGGGGGCUGCAUUUUGAAUGGAUAUGGCUUCAGCAAGCAGAAUCUAUUGAAACAGAUCUUCCAGGCACGACGGGACUGCAAGAUGGGCCACUUCCUGCCUGAGAAUUACAAAUUUAGCAUUUCAGCCUCCAACCUGGGCCUGGAAGAGCCCGACUCAACCAAGAAAGCAAUGAUGGAAGAGGUCCAGGGAAGCUACUCUUCAUCAGCCUUAGGGGACAAGAUGGAGCAGCCCUCCCCUGAAGCUGAGAAGUAG